GAUGUGGGAAUGAUGCCUUCAGAGUGGAAUACAGCUGGCCCUCCGUGUCCGCGGGUUCCACAUCCACAGACAGAAUCAACCAACCUUUGAUCAAAAGGCCUAGGAUGGUUACGUGUGUGCGAGCACGUAUAGACUUCUUUCCUUGUCCUUAUUCCCUAAACAAUGCAGUAUAACAACUAUUUACACAGCAUUUACAUUAGUCAUGAUAAGUACUCCAGAGAUGAUCUAAAGUAUAUGGGAGGAUGUCCGUAGGUUAUAUGCAAAUACUUCACCAUCUUGUAUGAGGGACUUGGGCAUCGUGGAUUUUGGUAUCCCCGGGGGUCCUGGAACCAAUCCCCCACGGAUACCGAAGGACAACUGUGUGGUUCUCCCACAACCUUUCACCGAAUGGCUUUUCACAGUCACUUGAAGAUUGUUGCCCAAAUCGAUUAUUAUACUGAGGUUGUAAAGGGUGACUUUCUAAUUCUAUCAUUCCUCCUACAUUUUCUAGCUGGCAUUCUUCUGUAAAGGAGAGCUGCCCCAUCUUCGUCCUCUCAUUUUUAUCCGUAUUUUUAAUAUCACUAUCAACUCCCAAAUUUGGUUCGUGUUUCAGAGUAUUUUCAUCUAUUACUGUCAUCCUUGUCGGUAUCUAAAUUGUCCAAUUUAGAGGUGCCCCCAGCUCCGCUUCCGUGGCCUUCUUCACGUUUCCCCAUGGGUCUGAGCGCUUCCUUGCUUUCUGCCAACAAGACACCUCAAUUCACCUAUGCCUUCCCCGGGCCUGAGGUGAAAUCAGCCACUUCUCCAGGGAGUCUGGUUCCUGCUCGUGAGCAGUGACGCUUAGAAAGCCGAUGUGCGCACUGAUACCGAGGAUGGAGCACUGCUUCUCCACCUACAGGAGGCUUGUUAUUUCAAGACAGAAAAGGCUUGACCAAGUUUAUAGCUGCUGGGGUGUCACAAUGUCUAGAUCUAUAGGUUUUCUCUUUGUUUGAAAGACUUGGGCGGGUUUACACCUUGAAGAGGUAGACAGAGAGAGACUGAAAAUACAAAAGAGAAAAGCAGUAAUGUACAGAAAAGAUGGGAAGGAGCACCUGUUAUUAUCAGAAUGUUUUACAUAUGGGCAUUACACCUCAGGCAAUAAUGAAACGGCAUCUGACAGCUCCCACGGGACAUGGCAAGACACAAGACAACUUUCCUAUAAAGUACUUGACUGGCUUAUAACGAAAUCCCUUGGGAAAGUGAAAUAAUCACAAAUGGAAUGGCCUAAAAAGGACACGUAUAUUCAACAACGGAUCCCAACCUGAAGGACUCAGAAAAAGCACAGGUCUUUCAUGUGCACGCUGGGCGCCAGCUUUAAGCCGCGUAAAGUACAUCCUUGACGUUUAAGUCCUACUCAUUUUGAAAUGAAAAUAGUGGCUUUACUGUCACAUGCUGUGUUUAAUCAAAUACAAACUCAUUUAAGAACUGCCCAAUUCAUAAGUAACUGUCACAACAUAGCUUAUUAAAAUCGAAGGGUACUGAUUCUUCCAACAGGUAUGAAGUACAUAAAAUUUUAGGUUGUAAAGUGUAUGAGGAUCCCUUCUCUGCAGUAUUCCCACUCCCACCGACAGUCCCAGAUAUUUAUACUCCUCUCCGUUGGCUUUGUGAGGCUGAAGCUGGAACAAACACGCAAGUGGUUGAUACUUGGCUAAGUAGUCAAAGCUGUGACCUUCUGAGAAAUGAAUCUCUGUUCCCCAUCCCCAGAGCAAGGUGGUACCCAUUAAUGCCCUUGACCCCAGGAUCUGGGGAUCUGAGUACCGCCUGCCUAAUUGAGGACUGCAAACACCAUCCGAGAGGCAAAAAGAGGUCAGAGAUGCAUUUCCUUGCCUGGCCCCAGGGAACAGAACCACGUAUUCCAAAACAAUGCUGCAGAAGAAGAGGCCAGAAAAAAGCCAGGGAUCCAAGCAGCUGAACCUGAUUCCGGAUAGGGACAGGAAUCAGCUCCCCAAACCCUGAGGACAGGAGAGUUUCACACCUUGAGCCGCUCUCACCGGAGAUUCAGGCUCAUGCGGACUGCCGAGUGAGAGCCUGAAACCCUGUGGACCUGACUCGUACUCCGCAUGGUUGGGUGGUGCUUCCUGUGACAGAACAGAGAGCACAAGCAGCACAGCCUCCCUCCCCAUGCCCCGUGGGAGCACGCUGGGCCACACGCCCCAGGAGGUCCGAGCACUUUGCCAAGGGUCCACCGUGCGUCCUGCUGCCCUGCGUUUCAGUGCAGAAGAACAUCAACCUGAGAACCACGAGAGAAGUGGGGAAGGGUGUGGGAGCCGGAGCCAGGGCGGGAGUUCCAGAGACAUCUGAUCAUUCUACUCUCACCCCCUGAACCCACGAUGUUCCAUCUGAGCCACACACUGCCAGGCACCAGGUAUUUGAUUCCUACACGAACAGGAGCCUGCGAGGCAGCUACUAAUACUCCCUCAGUUUAGAGACACAAAAACUGAAACACAGAGGCACUUAGGAACUAUCCCAAUAUCACAGCUAUUAAGAACUUGAGCCAUAUCUCUAACCAAGGCCCACGGCAUCCAACAUGCAUGCUCUUAAUCAUUAUGCUUCUCUGUCUGCCCACUAUUCCAACAGAGCAGUAAAUAAAGCCCACUUCACCUUCCUAGACCUUGGCAUGUGAGUGACUUAUUGCUGAUGAGUUAUUAGGUUGGGCAUCAACAACAAAGCUGACGAAAUUCCCUUUCCAUAUCAAAUGAUACCAAACAUACCUACCAGAAAGGAACUAUUCUGGUGGUUCUCGACUUGGGAACAUUUAGAAAUGUCUGCAUUUUCAGUUGUCAUAAAUCAUGGGGUGCUACUGGCCCCUAGUGGACAGAGGGCAGGGAUGCAGCUGAACAUCUUACAGUGCACAAGAUAGCAGGCCCACAAAGACCUGGAACCCAAAAAACGUCAGCUGUACCAAGGCUGAGAAACCCUGGGCUUUCCCAAAGCCUGAACCCCAGACUGCAGGUGAAAAGUCACCACAAAUCCAUCCUGAAAAUCCAGACGCAGGAGCUGGUAGAGAGGCUAGUGAUGGCUGGCCAUGGUCAUGGCCCCAAAAGUUUGCCCUGUGCCACCUUGCCCUCUUCCAGCAGCUUCCAUGAUCUGCUUGCAUAAGCACAAGACGUGAGGACAGACCCAGGUUCUUGGAUGUGCCUGUCCCACACUUGGCUACGAAUCCUGCUAAAAGUGUUUUAAGGGAAGUGGUUAGAAUUAAAGGUAAAGACUAGAUUUGGGCCUUUUCCAUUUAGUAUCCAUACUAACCCACCGCCCAUGGUCACACAUAAUCAAAGCUUGGCUCUGUCUGCAGCCGAAACACAGACUUUUGAUCUUCGUGAGUUUUAGAGUCUGUGAAUAGGCCGGCCCAGGAGGAAGGCCUGGCAGCCAAGACAGGGCUGAGCCUAUGCUUUGGUGGAAGAGGAAGUUCAGAUGCCUAAGAGGAGCAUGCAGAUACUUCUAGUGUAAUUAGCACAGCUUCUCAAUUGCAGCACGCGACCAGAGCAUUCACCCAAUCCUACACUAAAUUAAAGCAUGUCCAUCACUGGCCUAGAUUCUAACUGAAAGUGAAGUCAGUGGGCCACAGUGGCCUGCAGUUAGGAGGACCAAGUCAGAUCUUCUCAAGAGCUCAUGUCUGCCGCAGAGAAAGCCAGCCCAAGGUGAGGAGCAGCAGCCAGUGGAACCCUCCUGCUGCCAGCGGGCCGAGGGGACGUGCGUGUGGCACCCACGCCACAGGGAGCAGACCUGCACUUCCACCCGGAGCAGACACUGUACCACCUAGCAGUCAACGUCACUUGUUUUCGUGACCAUUACGAACAGUCCGAUUCUGUGCCCCUCCUUGGACAUCAGUGCAGGAGAAAGAAACGUGAGGCAAAUCAAAUCAACCUUCACUGUCAUGUGAUCCAAGAUUGCUGGCCUGAUACCACCAUUCCUGAAGCUGGUUUAGGUGCUUGCUGCUCUGUUCCUUUGUCACUUCCUACUAUGAGAGCCCCUUGUUGUACCCAGAAGUACCACUCUGUUCAGCCUCCCCUGAGAAUGGGAGCUUCCUAUGAGCUCCCCGUGGCUCAUGUAUCCCCACCGUGCCUCACAAACACGUUCUGAUGGAUUUAGUGAGCAAAGGAACAAAAGCUCCUGGCAAAGGAAGAAAGAUCAGGGAUAUACAGGAGCCCAAGGCUACAAUGUACCUUAAGAACUGAAGAUUUCAACAAGCGGAAAUCGCAUCAAGUACAGCAGAGAAGUCAGGAAAGAGACAACUUCUGAGUACUCAAAGGGUGAUAAAUUUAGAAAUGAGGUCCCUGCAGCCUGUGCGGAGUGUACGGACUGUGGCGCGUCCUCAGGGUGAUGAAGGGAAAUAAGAGGGGUUCAUUCUUCUGCUUAAAGGAGAAAGUGAGAGUCUCAUGGCUGAGCCCAGAGAGAGUGUAGGCCAGACGGGCCAUGGAGAGCUGACGGGUUAGAGAGCCACUGCGUGGUGCUGACAAGGAGCCACGCAAGAAUCAGGCUUCCGAGAAGCUAGGGGUGGUCAGUUACUGAGAAAGAAUACUCACUUCUAUGAAAUCAACAGCCACACUUGUGAUGACUUCCUCCCAGAUAGGCCCACGACCUAGAAGCAGAGGACACUGCGCGAGCACCCUAAGGACCCAGGGCUGAGGGAGAGGCAGGACCAUAAGUCAGGGUGCAGGGAGUUCUAAAGCAUGCAGCCGACCACGGAAUAAGAAUGGCCAGGAGGCUGAGGACAGACUUAGAAUUAAUCAAUAUUAUUGAAUAGUAUAAAAUAUUUUAAAAAUAUAAACUAUGUCAUAAAGUAUUGAAUAACAUAAAAUAUUACAAACUGCAGGACUGAAUAAGCAGCCCACACAUCAAUCCCCUUUCUAUUCAAUCCAUUCUACCUGCUCUGGAAACCGUCUAAAACAUCACACAUUGGCACCAAAAAGGGAAAAGAAAACCAAGUUCCAUGUUAGGGCAGGGGAGAUAAAAUCAGCAAAACUGAGAAAAAGCUCCAGUAGGUUUAGCUCAUGUCUGAUGAUCACACACCGGAACCCUUUUCUACUGAUAUGAGAAUCAUCUAGAAACAAAUACUUACCUCACACGAAAAGGUGUGGGCACCUCAGAUUCAAGCUCAUGACGUCUGGACUUGAAGCAGGGAGAAGAAAUACCAGAUUGUCCCUUGACAAGGACUGAACAAGGAGCAGGAAGGAAGUGCUCAUCACAGGCAGGUGCCGAUGAAAGAGGGAUCUGAAAGCAGUCCAUCCUCCACAAACAUUUUUAUUUCUAAUUAUGAAACAGUUCAAAUAUAUAAAAAUAAAAGUACUGAAACUAAUGUCGGUAACACCAAUGCACCCAAUCGCCCAGGGUCAAUUGAUGGCAACGUUGAGGCAGAGUUGUUUCAGAAUUUACGAGAUGAAAUGCCACAAAUACAGCUGGAGCACAGCCACCCUGCACCAUCCCUUCCCUCCCCAGGAGUAAGCACGUCCUGAAGUUGGACUGUAUCGUCCCGAUCAGGAUGUGUCCAGUACUGCCCUGCAUCACGUACAAUAUCACUCCACGGAGAACUUAAUCUCUCUGCUUUAUUUCUAAAGAGAACUUGAUAACCUUUGAGGAACAUUCUACGUAAAUAUAAGAUGUUCUUUAACACUUGCUCUCAAGUAGAUAUCUAUAAAAUAUCUAUUUACAUUUCCAGGAGACCACAAGGAUAGGAUUAUGCUGAUGAAAUCUGUAAUGGAUAAACUCUGAGAAAGAUCCUAGAUUUCAGGGCUACCUAUAAUGUAACUUUUCCCUAUCUGGAGUCCCAACCAGAGCAAAGAAAAACAAGCUUUUUAACCUCCUCACCAAACAUUUAUUAAAUGUCCCCUGUGUACAGGGUCUGAAAAAAACUUGCUACUCAAGAGAGUCAUCAAGCUCGCAGCAUCAAUAUGACCUGUGAAGUCUGAGUCUUUAGCAAGAUCCCCAGAUAGUCUGGAUGCACAUUAAAGCGUGAGGCGUGCAAGUUUAAAGAAUUCAGAAAGGUGGCAACACAGACGAAGGCAGAAGCAAAUGCAACCAGCAUUCUGCCAAACUCCUCCUCCUCCUGUCAGACGACGCAGCUGUCACAAAGGCCACACCUGAGCAUCAGCAGACCGGUGGUUACCAGCCAGGGGUGAUUCUGCCUCCCAGAGGACAUUUGGCAAAGCCUGGAGACAAUUUUGUCACAAUUUGAGGACAUGGUGCUACUGGCAUCUAGUACACGGAAGCCAAGGACGCUGCCAAACAUCCACAAUGCAGAAGUCAGUCCUCCACAGCAAAGAACUGUCUGGCCCAAAAUAUCCACAGUGUGAAGGUUUUUAAACCAAAAAAAUCCUCCCUAUGAUUUCCUGGCUAAAAUGAUCAAUUGUUAACUUCACUAAUUUAAAAAACUGAUUUGAGCAUCUGUAUCCACAGGGCAAAAAAUAAACCGAUAACUAAAAACACUUCCCGUCCAACACUCUCAAGUACAGAGUUUAUAAGGCUGCCGUGGGAGUUCACAACCAAAUCCAUCAUCAUCAAUAUUGACACCCAAGACCAAGUACCAUGAAACACCAAACGGUCAUGUUGAAACAUUUCACAAUUAUAAAGGCCGAAUUUAACAAAUCAUUAGUGAAGAAACACUGGCUACUUUGAGAUGACAAGCAUUCACUGGGCUAAACUACUUCAUUGAAAGGAAACCUCAUAUUAUACAAAAUCUGUUCAAGGCCUCGCCCUCGGAAGCUACAGAGCGAUGAACGCCACCACCACAGGUCCCUGCUCCUGGGACCCCCUCAUCACUCAGCAAGUCAUCCCGGCACUCUACUUGGUGGUCUUUGUGGUGGGCGUCCUGCUCAACGGCGUGUCGGCGUGGGUGUUCUGCUACGUGCCCGGCUCCAAGAGCUUCAUCAUCUAUCUCAAGAACAUUGUCGUCGCCGACUUUCUGAUGAGCCUCACUUUUCCCUUCAAGAUUCUGAGCGAGUCGGGCCUGGGCCCCCGGCAGCUGAGCGUGUUCGUGUGCAAGUUCUCGGCGGUCUUCUUCUAUGUCAACAUGUACGUCGGCAUCGUGUUCUUCGGGCUCAUCAGCUUCGACAGAUACUAUAAAAUCGUGAAGCCUCUACUGACGUCUGUCAUGCAGUCAGUGAACUUCAGCAAACUCCUGUCGGUGAUGGUGUGGGUGCUCACGCUCUUUCUCGCUGUUCCCAACAGCAUCCUGACCAACUGGAGUGUCAGGGACGUGACACGCAUAAAAUGUAUGGACCUGAAAAACACACUGGGCCAGAAGUGGCACAAAGCCUCAAACUACAUUUUUGUGGGCAUCUUCUGGAUGGUGUUUCUUUUGUUAAUCGUUUUCUACACUGCUAUCACGAGGAAAAUCUUUAAGUCCCACCUUAAGUCCAGAAAGAACUCCAUCUGGGUCAAGAAGAAGUCUAGCCGCAACAUAUUCAGCAUCAUGUUUGUAUUUGUUGUCUGUUUUGUGCCUUACCACAUUGCCAGAAUCCCCUACACGCAGAGCCAAACAGAAGCUCAUUACAGCUGCCGGUCGAAAGAAAUCUUGCACCACGUGAAAGAAUUCACUCUGCUCCUGUCGGCUGCAAACGUCUGCCUGGACCCCAUUAUUUACUUCUUUCUCUGCCAGCCAUUUAGAGAAAUCUUAUGUAAGAAACUGCACAUCCCAUUAAAAGCUCAGCAGGACUCAGACGCUUGCAAAACCAAAACGGGAAACACAACGCAGGAAAGCACAGAUAUUCUGUGACCUCCCACCUCCUUGCAAAUGAAGCCUGCAGAUGCAUACUGUAAUCUGCAACUACAGGCUAAGAGGGAGGAGUGAGCAACGUGCCCACGAUGAGCAGUGUCAUCUGUAAGCAUUACUGUCCAAUUUAGUACAAAAAUAAAAGGUACGUUUCCAUGUUUUUUCAGUAACAUCAAAGAAAAAAUAAUACAUACAUUAUGCCAUCUUAUUUCAUCAAAAUAGAAGGUUUAAAUUCAUAAUCACUAGUCUGGUCAGUUAAUGUAGAACCUAAAAUAGCAAAUAAAGAAAAUAGGAAGCAAGACAAUUCACAGGGGCGUCUUCCUUCUCUAAACAUAAGAAUUAAGUUAAUGAGUUAUGUAAUUUUUCUCAACAGGGUGACUAAAGACCAACUUAGCAGCAGGCACAGUCUGAGAAAGGGCGAGAAAGUGAAAAGAGUCCAGUUUUCUCUGAUUUGAAGCAGAUAAGCAAAUGCCCAGAAAAUUGCUUAAGAAAUCCCCUACUGACUGAUCUCAUGGUAUUUCAAAGGAAAGCAGAUAUAAAUUAUGUACUGUGCAAUAAAAAAUGUAAUUUUUUCUGAUAGCGUUUUGAGGAUUAUAUAAGAUACAUUUUAAAUGCUUUAUAUGAAGACUUGUUAAGCCACUUAACCUGGGGUGCUGGUGUUAGAAUAUUUUUAAGUAGCUUCUACUGAGGGAAGCUACAUAUGGGCAUGUGCUGCCAGCAACUUCCUCUGUUUAAUGGUAUGAAAAAAAGUAGGAUGACUGGGAAAAGCCAGACACACACACACACACACACACGCAGAGGCUGGCAGUAUACAUUAUUCUCUAGGGGUGGGAAAAAGUAGUUUUCUUUUAAGGGACUGUAUGUAAUAAAAAGAAAAUCUACAAUUUACAAUAAUGAGAAAUUACACAUAAAAUAAAAACUUACAUACUACAUUUUCUGGAGAACACACGGAUUUAAUAUGCAGAGAUAUGAGAUAUGGUUGCUGGCUUGUGCAUUAUCAAAAGUAAUUCUUUCUCUGCUAUUAACUGGCUAGAAGUCAGUCAGCUCAGCUUUCCAACGCGCUCAAACAUUUUUGUAAGUCAUGUUUAUACAUAUUUCAUGCUUUACUGUAUACGUAACAAUAAAGAAAUUAUUUUUAAUAAUGUCAA